ACCACAAUUGCCAGAAGUGUUGUAGCCGGAAGAAUUCAGCAGAUACAACUCAGCAGCUAUGAAAACAACAGAAGAAAACAACAGUUGUGGAAGCUCUGCUAUAACCAUGGACGACGUUAAAAACCUCAUUAAGAAGAAAGAUGAAAUAGAAGAACAGAUUAAAGCUUAUUAUGACGUUUUGGAAGACCAAGGUGUUGGAGUUGAAGGUCCCCUGGUUGACGCUGAGGGCUACCCUCGAGAUGAUGUUAACUUGUACCAGAUCAGAAACGCGAGACACAACAUUUCAUGUCUGCAGAAUGACCACAAAGCCAUCAUGGCAGAGAUAGAGGAAGCCCUGCACAAGCUACAUGCUCGAGAGAAAGCUAAGCGUGGUCAAGAUGAGGUUGAGGAGGAAGCCAUGGAGCAGCAGGUCACUCUCCCUCCUCCGUUUGCACGAGUGGAUUCUGUGACCGAAGGCUCGCCUGCCUCUGGAGCUGGCCUCAGGCUGGGGGAUGAAAUCAUCGAGUUUGGUUCUGUGAACACGGAGAAUUUUCAGAACCUCCAAAACAUUGCUGCUGUGGUGCAGCACAGCGAAGGAAAACCUCUUCGGGUCUCUGUGAUCAGGUCUGGCCAAAAAGCUCAGAUGAGCCUGACUCCACAGCGGUGGUCAGGCAGGGGCCUGCUGGGGUGUAACAUCGUUCCAGUCCAGAGAUAAUCCACAUCAUCCUUUGCUGGAUUGAAAUCUUUCAAUUCUUUGAAUUUCAUCCUGAAUAAAAAAAAUCUGAGUGGCUAUA